AUUAGGGACUAGAUGAUCUUAGAAAACAAUUAAUAUAUAUCCUCCACGAAGAAGGGAGAUAGAAUGAAAAUCUUUAGAAAACUUGUAAGUUGACCAGAGCAGGUGAGAGGGGGCAUUGUCGGCCAAGCGGACAAACCAGCGGAGAACUGAAACUCCAAAAUACAGAUUCAGAAUAGAAAAGUAUGGGUUAUUCUUCCUCGUCUUCGCCUCGUCGUUCUCGUAGUAGCAAUGAAGCAGAAGAGAGGCCAAGAUUCUUCGACUCAAAGGCAAAGAUCAAGUGCUGGAACAAUGCUGAAACAGUGCCUGGUCGUCAUCCUGAGAGAUGGCGCAAAGACGCUGCUGGCAACAUCGUCUGCAAGCGUUUCUGCAACUGCCAAGGUUGCCUCUGCUUUGAGUACGACCAUAUCAUUCCCUACUCCAAAGGUGGCGAGUCCAUAGCAGAAAAUUGUCAAAUUCUUCAAAGUAGGGUGAAUAGGCUUAAAUCAAACAAAGAACAUGUGGAUAAUACCCAAUUGAAAGGUUAUUCUUGCGAGGUCCAGUUUGCUGAUAAGGAGCUUGACAUUAUAGAAAUGGCUGUUUAUGGGGAUGUAAUUCGGCCUGGUAAUCAGUGUCGUUGCAAAACUGUUGCUGAAAUGCUUGGAAAAUACAAGUCAAAAGACAACUUGGCUGCUUGCAAAUUGCCGUUUGAUAAAGAAUCUGUAUAGCAAGCAAGGGUUAUUAUUCAUAGAUGCUGGAGUCUUUGGAAGAUUUUAAGCUACAUGCUUUUGAUUCUGCAUUUCUGAUCUUGUGCUGGAUGCUGAGAGCAUGUUCAUUUGAUAGGUGUGAUAUCCGGAAUUGAAUCUCCCCAAAAUCAUUGGGGCCACUAAUUGAGCUUGUGUAUCAGAUCCUUGAUGAUACUUUGAUGCAAUAAGAUGUCAUUUUCAUUUCCAUUUCUUUGUGUA